UCCUCCUAGCCAAACAUUACUGCCUUCACCGUUUCCUCCUCCAUCUGCUGCCUUCCGCUGAACUACAUCGGCCGAGUUUAGCGUAUACCGUAACUGCAUGGCAGAUGGUGCACUGAGGGUGUUUCUUUUUUGUUUUUCUUUUUCAGUAAAGACCAGCCGCUAUGCAGUGCUGGUAUUCGGUGCGUGACUUUUAGCUCUCUGUUUGGCAGGACAGACUGAGUGCAGACAUCAGGAAGCUGAAGAAAAGAGCUGUGAGAGCAGCCAGGCAGUCAGGAGGCCACGGUUCCCCCUCACACACAUACACACAUCACCACGGUCUUGAUGGUGAUGUAUGCAAGGAAACCAACAAGAGUCAGCGAUGGGUGCAACGACAGAAGGGAUCCCCAAUCGUAUCAGACCCAUAAAUCUCAGCCAAAGAGCCAGGCCACAAGCCUUCACCGCUACGACAAGGUGCGCGAUGGGUCGUCAGAUCCUGUGCCCCCUUACAAGAUGCAGCGACGCUCAGACGAAAGUCCUGUCAGCAGACACGGGGAAGGCACGGGACAUGGCAAGGCGAAACCCUCUCACAGCGUCAGAGGGAAAAACGGGACCAGUGGCUCUCCUCAGGAGAACUCCCACAACAACAGUUCUCACCAUGGCACCGACUUGCAUGCGGCUCAGAGCAAGCCCGCAGACAGGGACCCAGCAGAUGACUGGACAGAGCACAUUAGCUCCUCUGGGAAGAAGUACUACUACAACUGUAGAACUGAGGUCUCCCAGUGGGAAAAGCCCAAGGACCUGCUGGAGAGGGAACAACGGCAGAAAGACUCAGUCAAGAUGGCAGCAAACAGUUUUCCCAGGGACAUGGACUACAGACAAGAGGCCUUGCAGGACAAAGCCACAACAAAAAUCGCAUCAGUGGAUCAGUCCACAGCAGCCAAUUGCGGCCAUUCUUCCUCUUCCUCUCAGAGCCUGACCCCUGCUGCCGCCGGUAUAGGUUCCACCCCUUCCAGCAUGUCGUCCUCUUCUUCGUCCUCUAGCGUUCAGGCGCCUCCGUCUGCCCAGUUGCCCUCGCCGGCGCUGCUCCAGGACCCGGCACUCCUGCACCAGCUCCUCCCGGCGCUGCAAGCAACUUUGCAGAUGAACAACGGCAGCAUGGACGUGGCCAAGCUGAACGAGGUAUUGGCAGCUGCUGUCACCCAAGCUUCCUUGCAGUCUGUGCUUCAUAAGCUCCUCACUGCUGGACCUGCUUUCAACGUCACUGCUCUGCUCUCAGCUGCUCAGCACUCCAACCAAGCCCAGCACUCGAGUCAGUCGCCGGUCUCCCUGACGUCCGACACAUCAUCGCCGCGGCCGUACGUCUCACCACGGAACGGCACACCACAGAGCAACCAGAAGUCUCAUUUGGGUGUGCAUCCUGGCAGCGUCUCAUCCUCGCAAACCAGGGGCAGCAUGUCUUCUGGGAAGCCAGGCUCAGCUUCCUUGUCCCAGACAGCAGAAAAGCGGCCAGAAGACCCCAGGACUCUGCAGCAGAGAAGCCAGGACAUGUUGUGCACAGGAUCAAACGCAUCUGGUGCCUUGUUGCCUCACGCUCCGUCCAGCAGUGCGAGCCACUCAGACACCCCUGGCUCCUUCACUCCCAGCCUGUCAGCUCAUUUCGAUGAAAACCUCAUCAGACAUAUCCAAGGGUGGCCUUCAGAGAACACAGAGAAACAGGCGGCUCGGUUGCGUGAAGACAUCCACAACAUGGGCAGCUUGUACAUGUCUGAAAUCUGCACAGAGAUGAAAAAUCUUCGCUCUCUGGUCAGAGUGUGUGAAAUCCAGGCCACACUGAGGGAGCAGAGAAUCUUGUUUCUGAGGCAACAGAGCAAAGAGCUGGACAAGCUGAAGAACCAGAACUCCUACAUGGUGUGAGGACCUGACCCGAGAGGAACAGGCUUGGAUGGUCCGAUUGAGACAAUUAGAGAGGGAGGAAUAGACACGGACAGCGAGCUGCUACAGUUUAUUCCUCCUGCAAGAGCGACUGUUAGAAGUCAGUAACUGACAGUGAAGCUCCGUCAUCCUGAACAUGUCUUUUCUUUUUAAUAUAUAUAUAUAUAUUUUUUUUCUUUUCUCCAUUGUCCACUACAUAAAUUGCUCAAACCGACUGUUCGCAUGUCGGAACAGCUAAAAAAAAGUGGACAACGGGACCUUUUUUGGACAGCACCUUUUGGACCACGAAUCUUGGAUUGUGUGUGUUGUAUUGGGUUAACUUGUUUUCUGGUGUGUUUUGAUGUGUAGUGGUCAGGAAGAGAGUCAAAAUGAACUAAGACAAACCCUCUUGUGAUUGGUGUGACACUUCUGUGGGUGGGGGGGAGAGCGAUCGGGUCCCCUUCCCAAACUUCUGAAAUGAACUUUGUCAUGCACUGCGAUGUGUGGCUUCAGUGGCAGUGAUGUUACUGUUAUUUUUCUUUUUCUUUUUUCUUCACCAAUCAGUGGGUUUGCCAACCCAUUUUGUCUUAAAGCUGGUUUGUUUUACAUGUCACGAGAUUCACUGAGAUCUUUGGCCAGACCGAAAUGACAGAUGUUUUUUGUCCCAAAUGAUGGGAUUGUUCCAUUGAUGCAGAGUCACUUGGAAGACAUGGCUAGUUGUGUAAAAAGCACUUUGAAAGCUGUUUUGAUGAAGCUUAUGUUAUUGGACCUAGGUUGGCCACAAGUACAUCUGAGGUUGUUUUCCAUUGGUAGCCCUGCUGGCAGUUUUCUUCCUUCUUUUCUUUUUAAAUUGUAAAAUUGUCAAUAUUUUGUUUCUGUUCCAAGUCAAAUUGGGGACAUGUUCAUUCCUUACAAGCAGCUUAGCAGGAGGUUGCAUUAAAGAAUAGAAAAGUGACUGAAUUUACAGUCCCUUAAAGCUAAAUUAUUAUUGUGCUGGAGUUAUUACAUCCUUGUAGUUGUAAUGGAAAAGCUUGACGAAGGAAAAUUUUUUUUUCUGUAAGAAACUCAUGUUUUGGUUUUGUUUGUUGCUGCAGCCUUUUUAUCGACUGACUCUAGACAGGUGUGGUUACUUUUUGCGAAUGGUUCAUUCGCAAUGAGAGGGCAUACUUUUAUAUGGCCAUCAGAUUAAAACUGCAGUCUUACACUCCAACAGUUUAAAAAAAAAGUUCCUUUGUUUCCUGGUUAUUUUUUUUUUCUGUGACACGGAAUAGUUCCCACAAGAUCGGAUGUGCACAAUUUUUGGGGUUUCGGGGUGGGGUCAGAUUUUUUGGGGGGGGCUUUGUAUUCCAUUAAAUAUGUGAAUAAAAUAUUAU